AUGAAGCUGUUUAAAGCAGUUUGCUUCAUUUGUUUUUUGCUCGUACCCUUGACGGCAUCAUUCGCCUUAGAAGGCCGCCCCUUUGAAGAAGAAUUUGAAGGCCGCCCCUUUGAAGAAGAAUUUCAAGGACCAGGUUACUCUCCAGUGUAUUGUAUAUCGCCCAACUCAGGCAACUCGGGUAAGCAGUGUUUCAAAAUUUUCUUCUCUCUUUAAAGCAAAAAGUGCAACCUUCGUUUUGCUAUAAAUGGAGCUUACAUUUCAUCGCAAAUCAUGUUUCAGAGAAAAAACUGUUAACCAGCGACUAACUUCUAAAUUGUUCUGUUUUCCAAGAAUAUCCUCCGAAACUUUUCUGUCACCAAUUCAAUCUCCCUAUUGUAACUUAUCGUUAACCUGGAAAACGAUAACUCAUUCCACUGAAAAGCAUCCAAGUCAAUGUAGCAGCAAUGCCUUUUGCGCGAUUACAGAAUUUGUUUAAACUAAUGCUGGUUGUCAAAGCAUACUUUUUAGCACUGGCUGUUCUUUUUUUUUUUUUUUCUGAUUGCACCUUUCGGAAGUUUUGCUACGGCAGUUUAUUAGAUUUCAAGGGGUACGUGGGCUUCUCUAAGGGAAUUAGGAACGGCUAGCUAAUCGGGACAGCAUUUUCACGGCAGGCGAAAUCGAUAUAGACCAUAAAAGUUCACAAGAAUAAUGAGCAGGAAAGCCCCUGGGUACUCACUCUUACCGAAAAUAUUCCAGGGACGUUAUAAUUCUUUGCUUCUAACUGAUAAAAAAUAAAAUAUUUUCUAAAUUAAAAUGAGUUUGGGAUUCCUCAAAAGUUUUUCUUGUAGACUCCAGUCUCAAUUAGCUUUGCCAGGGUGUCCGAGGUCGAAGAUCAGCAACCCUGGGAAGUAUGACCACGUGAAUAAUUUUUAAAGACGGUAAAGCGACUAGAAAAGAACAGUCGCAAAAGUAGAUUUUUCACGUCAACAGCUCAUCAUAGCAAAGUGGCUAUGAAUUUCCAUCAAUGGCGAUUGAGAACAGCGAACUGUGUUUGAUUGGAUGAGAAGAUUAACUGCCACAUUCUAUUCAGCCAGGAACCCACUGACUAUUUUCGAAUCCCCCAUAAGACAUUCUGUUUGCCCCCCAAAUUUUGCGUAAGUUAUUGUCUUCCAGUGCUCUUGGAAAAAUGCAGAGAGCAUUUGAAAACAAUGUUUUUUGCAAAAUUUGUUAGGCAAACAGAGUGUAUUAUGGGGAGAAUAAAGAGAAUAACUCGGCCUCUUCCCGGGCUCCUGUAAAUUCAGUAAGUUUCGCCGAAAACUAAACUAAAAAUAGGCCGACUGUUUAACGCACUGUGAUCACCUAGCCGAUGGUCAAGGGCUCCUGCUGAAAAACAUGUAAACGGAAAGACUGAAUAAAAACAGGGGACAUAAAAACAGUCUUAACGAUCACUCAAAUCUUUGAAUGGACAUAUCAGAGAUAAGAACACGAAGAGUUACUUUUGCACUAAUCCUUUUUUCUUUUCAGAAUGGAAGAAGAACGCGCCAUAUGAAAUUGGCUAUCCGCUGUUCUACAGCCUACUUAUAGUUCUACCACUGCUACCAUUCCUAUGUUUUAUGAUUCCUAACGAAGAAUCUCUUCUGCUACAGGUACGUGGCCAGAGUUUAUUACAAACCCUCUUACUUUCCCAGGGAGACGCACUGCGACCAAGCUCGAUUAAAGAUACUUCAGGACAUAAUAAAACGAUACAAUAAUAUAGAACAUGUAAAAUUAGAUAUACAGUUUGGCCUCUGCGUUCUUUUAAUUUAUAUACCUUAUAAUAGAUAGAUUCUUUUAGUAGUUUUGACUCUGAUACCGGGCAUUACCUUUGCCCUACAGCAAGAGAAUGAACGAAAGAGACAGCAAGAAAUUGACCGCCAGCAUCAGGAAGAAAGUGAACGCGCAGAAGAAGACGAAAGUUUGUCCGACACCAACGUUGAAGAAUACUAUGACCCGGAAAUUCAGCCCAGUGAUAUGAUUCCCCAGACCUCUAGCGUCUGCUCUAGGAGCGCAAGUUUUAUCGGGAAGAGAUUGGCCACGGCAGCUCAUGUGACAAAGCUCGAGUUACGCGCACCUCGUGUUGUCAUGGAGACAUCUUCCAAAGACAAGAGCGAGGAAGGCAAGGUUACUGUGCAUGAGCAGCUCCCUGAUACACGUGACAGUGUUGAACGGCUAAAGGAACUGGGAGCUAGGAUUUGUCCCGAAUCUGUAGCGGGGUGAGUUAAAUAUGGAAAAUCAGAUGUUAAUAUAAAUCAGGAGCCUGUACAAAUUUAUAACGGGAGAAUAUCAAGUUAUCCCCUAGGUUUAAUGAAUGAACUUCAAACUAAAAGGCAAAUAGUUAGGUUGCCUCGUUCAAGUUCUCUCAUAGGGCCGGGUAUUCAGUAAACAAAGUCUAACUUAAGCCGCGGUUUAGAAGAUCUUUGGGCCUCCAGAUCUCUUCCUUGGUGCGUUAUUCUAGGAAGAUAAAUGCUUUUCUAGUCUGUUCUAUAUGCUUUCAUAAAACCGUUCACAAUGUAAAAUGGUGUUUAGGUAAACCUGUUGGGGCAAAUUGAAAAUUGCUUAGAACGCGGUUUUGUUGAACACUGGCUAAACUACGUUUAAAUAACUGGCCCACAGAGUCUAGGAAAAACCACAUACAAACUAAAACCAACUACCUUUUUAAUGUGGCAAGUAUUCUUGUAAGACUUUAUUCAUGGAAGUUAUCACCGCAUAACUUUUAACCCAAAUGUAUAUCUACGUGUCACUUUUAGGUUCAACCAAACAAUCAUCAAUGAAGCAAUCUUUACAUUUAUUUUUUAGGAAAGCUUGUGUUGCAGUAGCCUCUGGCGUCUUGAUUUCAUACGGAAUUUAUCGCCUUUUCUCGUAA